AUGACCUCGGAACAAACCCGAGCAUCGGAAGGCCCAUCGGCCGCCACUACUGGUUGGGGUCUCCUUACUUGCAAUGAAUCUGGAGAAUCUACAGUUUUAUCUAAGGACUACUUUACAAUUGGUUCUGGAAGUGAAAACGAUCUACUUCUCUCUUCUCCCCACAUCUCUGACACCCAUUUUGCGCUUUCGCGAGACCCGGAUGGCAAAGCAUGGCUUUUUAAUCUCAGCCAAGACGGAGUCGUCCUGAAUGGCAAGUCAGUUACAGACGACGCCUGUGAGUUGCAUCAUGGCGAUAUUAUAUCCACUCCGAAAACCGAGGGUACUCGUUCAACUGAUGUCUUCACGUUCCUUCUCCCAAAUGGGGAUCAAGAAAACGCUCAGGGGGUAAAAGAGAAGGAACAGAAUGAGGACGAGUGCAGGAAACGCACCAGCAUUCCCGUUGAGGAGGCGGAAGCUCCACCCAGUUUACCUGCAAAACGCCCUAACAUGUCAAAAAAGGCUUCAGUGGACCUGUGCGACCUAUUAACUUGCUCAAUCUGUGACGAAAUUAUGUACGACUGUUGGCGCACCGUGGAUAACAUUUGCCCCCUGUGUCGCUGCAACAUUCUGGACUACAACAAGAAUCAUCAACUUAGUUGCAUUAUUGAUGAGUACGUCAAACAUCACCCAGAAUCCCAAAAAUCAGCUGAGGAAAAGGAGGUAAUCCGCCGCUCUCUGGAGUCCCUUGAGCCUCAGUUGCCAACUGCAAACGAUACUGCCGCCGAUGUUUCUCCAUUGAACUCCUCUGGCGGUUCUGUGAACAGACCGCAGCAGUCCGUGCAUCUACUGCCAGUUCCUUGGAUACGGUAA